GAAGCGCUUGGAAAAACUUUGUUCAAGCUGAUUUGAUUAAAUUUUCACAUUCCGCAACGCUCUAACCGAACAGCAGAACCGCCCACAAUGACCAAAAAGGAGGACAAAUCACAGCCAGGCGAGGAGCUGGUGAAGGUAAACAAGUGGGACGGGUCCGCGGUGAAGCACGCCCUGGAUGAUGCCGUAAAGACCUGCCUGCUGGGGGAUCGUCCCCAUCUGAAGGAGCAGUUCGGUCUGGUCAACACUCGCCUGGCCCUGUGCGCCCUGGCCGUUGGCGUGGCCAUCAUGGCCCAUGCCUGGGACUACACCCAUCCGUUCCCCCAGUCCCGUUCCGUACUGAUGUUCAGCGUGCUGGCCUACUUCGCCCUAAUGGGCGUGCUGACGCUCCACACAAGCUUCCGCGAGAAGGGCACCUUCGCGGUGGCCGUGCACAAGGAGAAGGAGCGCACCUGGGAGGCGAGCUCUGACAUGAAGAAGUACGACGACAAGUAUCUGCUCACCCUGAGCGUGCGCGACUCCAAGGGCCAGCGUGAGUUGAACAGCGCCAAGUCCUGUGCGGCCUUCAUCGACACCAAUGGCGUCAUACUGGACAACCUGGUGGCCAACGAGGUGAACCGUCUGUACAAUUCGUUGUCCGCGGAGAAGAAGGACAAAUAGCAAGAAUCGGUAUAACAAAAACAAAAGCACAAAGCAAAUGUCCCCUCGCCCCCGCCCCCUUCCCAUCAUCUACCUUUGAGGAAUGGAACGGCAGUCCCUUGCUAGUUUCCUUACAGCUUAUCCUUUUUUUUUUAAACUUGCUAUUGUGUAACCUCGGUUUCCUCUUCUCUCAUUAAAUUGUAACAAGUAUGGUAAGAA